AUGGCUGCCGAGCAUCUUUACUUAGAUGAAGGGCAACGUACUUCGCUCUUACGAGGGGAAUAUGAGAGAUCAGAACAGUACGGAGCGGGCAAGCUCGAGCUUUCCAACACGCUCUCGCAGCCUCACGUAUCCAAACCAGGCGAUGAUUGCACAGUGUAUUUUAUUGGUACAGCAACUACAAUUAUUGAAUGGAAAGGCUUUCGUAUCUUGACGGAUCCCAACUUCCUACAUGCUGGCGAUUCCCUCCAUCUUGGGCCGGGCGUCACCGCGACGCGCCGCACGAACCCUGCGACAGAGCUAGAUCAGCUGCCCGCCCUGGACUGCAUUCUGCUUUCCCACUACCACGAAGACCACUUUGACAGGCAUGUGGAAAAGUCCCUAAACCGGGCAUUUCCCAUUGUGACGACGCCGCACGCGGCGCAGCAUCUUGUCGUUGCAAAGGACGGCACGAAUCAGCCAUUCCAGCAAGUCACAGGGCUGGAUCGCUUCGAAAGCGCUGUGCUGCAUGUCGACGGCCGGCGCGCCAUCAAAGUCACCGCUAUGCCCGGCAAGCAUGUGCCUCCAGGCCCAAUCGCUGUCGCCAAUGACUUGUUGCAGGCCGUUCCGCCGACGGCUGGUUGGCUGCUCGAGCUUGGACACUUGACCGAGGGUGGCAGCGCGAUGGAGAGCGAGGAGCUGCAAGUAGGCUACAGAAUUUACAUAUCAGGAGACACCCUGCUUGUGGAAGACCUCGAAGAAAUUCCCAGGUGGCUCAAGGACAAGCAGCUGGAUUUGAUGCUCGUCCACCUAGGCGGGACCACCAUCCCAGGGCCAUCGCUGCCGCUGUUCAUGGUGACGAUGGACGGCGAGCAAGGGCGACACUUGAUGCAGCUUCUGAACCCCAAAAUCACCAUACCGAUUCACUACGAUGAUUACGACGUGUUCCUAUCUCCACGCGCAGACUUUGAAAGGGAAGUAAAGGACGCUGAUUUGCACGACAGCGUCGUUUACCUGGACCGCGGAGAGACUUAUAGUUUCAGUGUGAAAGAGUAG